AUGUCUUCUGCUCACCAGACCCGCUCCAAGGAUGCCAAUACUGUGCGGCCCAAGACCGCCAAGGCCGGAAGAAAACCACAGCCCAAGGGGGUGAAGGGCAAUAAGGUGACAAUGGACGAGGAUGAUGAUGAGCUCACAUUGUCUUCAGCGGAGAAGAAACAACUGGAGAAACUAACUUCCAAGAAGCGUCGCAUUGAGCAACAACAGGCUGCAGCGCUAAGGUCAGGCAGACGCAAACGGAGCGCAGAAAUGGUCAUGGAAGAAGCGUCUGAGGAUGAAGAUGAGGGAUUGCUUCAGCAACGCCAAAGCAAGAAGUCCAAGAAAGCACAAGACAUAGACGCUAUCACAGCGGAUAGUGGUGACGGCGAUGGUGACAGUGUGCAGGGAGGCAUGGAGGUUGAAGAACAACGUGGAUCUGACGAUGCACAGGAGGAAGAGGAUGAGGAUGCAGGCAAGGAGAAAAGUCGACCCAAGCCUAGGCCGGCUUACAAGGGCACGCAGGUCGAGGAUAACGUUGAGGAGAAUGAGGAGGACAAACUAGAGGAGGGGGAGCGUGAGCUUGCAAGGAGUCUCCGAGCCCCUCUGUCGAAGAAGAAGACGCCAGCCUCCCCUAGCAAGGACAAGGGCAAGGCGACGAGUACGAAGAGUUCAGCAGGCGAUAAGUCUUCCCAGGGGCGUACGAAACCUGGACGUCAAGUCAUGGAGUCAGUGACUAUCAUAAAGACUCGUGGCGGCAAGACUGUUGGCAAGGGGAAGGAGCCUGUGCAGCGAGGGAAGGAGCCUGUGCAGCGAGGGUCCAGGUCCUCCAAGGCGGACAAGCCAAAGCCCUCGUGGUACGAACCACUGUCAGCAUCGUCAGGGUCGGAAUAUGGAGGCGAAGAUGGCGGUAGUGAAUCGAAAGAGGAUGAGCGUGAGGUUGAUAUCGAUAGUGAUGACGACGUCGUGUUGGUAGACAAGCAGAGCAGUGCGAGCAAGAAGGGCAAAGUAGGGCGUGUCAUUUCAUUGAGCAAGGAGAAGGGGAAGCGCAACCGCAACCGCUCCCUCGUCAUGGCCCUGCCUGACGCUGUUACCCCAAUCAGAAACCUAGGGACUGCGUACCUCAAGCUCCACAUCGCCCUGGAGAUGGCCUGGGUGAAGUACACCAGCAGCAGCCACAGCCUACUGAUCGACAAGCACGAGAUCCUCGAGAAGAUCAUGCAAGACGUUCGCCAGCAUCGUGAUCGUGCUGGACGCUGCCCUUCGGAGCUCAGGGCAGCGUUCAAAGAGCUGGGGGAAGCUGAGGAUGCCGAUGACCUCAGGAAGAAGCUCUCCGACGUCGUGUGGCAGGGAGCGUCACAGAUGAGAAACGACCUCAAGAAGAAGGCGAAGCAGGUCGUGGACGAGGCGUAUGGCUUGGCUGGCUUGAAGGCCAAACGCAAGCAAGCCCUUGCCGUGUGGCUGUGCACUAGUCGUCGCCAGGCUCUGAAGGACGGUGGAAGCGUUAACGUACCCAAUUUCAUCUUCCCUGUUGUAGAGCUGGUGUGGGUCGACAACAAGAAUGUCCUCGACGAGAAGAGAUCGGUCUUGAACCUGAGGAAGCCGUUCCAACAUCCAGCAGUAUCCAAACUCAUCUACACGUUCUGGUUCGCUGGGGCUGGACACUCGGAGCUCAGAGCGCCUCGAGGGAAGUUCAGCCAAGUCCCUGAUAAUCUCAUUGCCUUAGUCUGUAACACGUUGGAGGCUGCCCUCAAGGACAAUUUGGAGGCCAACAACGCUCUUGACCAACAGUUCUCCAACAAGAUUUACGCGCCGAAGUGGGACGACCACAUGAGACUGCUCAACGAGAUCUCAACGUUGAACGCUGACGGCUACCGCAGCAUUAAGGACAGGAUCUGGAGUAGAGUCAGGCAAGUAACAACUCUUCAAGUUCCAAAGGCAAUACUAACCACACGUUGCAGCUCCAAGAUCAAAGAGGACGAGAACGUGAUAGGUGGCACUGGAGAGGAUGACGAUGACGCCCCACAGAACCUCAUCCCUUUCGACGACCUUGCCGUCAGUGGCACUAACACGGUGUCCGAUAGCUCAGACGCAGAACAAGACCAGCUAAAGGAUGAAGGUGGAGAUCAUGCUGGCAGCUCAGCCCAGCAAAAUGAGGCGUCUUCUUCAAGAAAGACAGGCGACCCACCGGCUGUCACUGUGAUGCAGGCAACAACUGAGCCUGAGUCUCCAGUAGCUAGUGGAAGCGGCCAGGGCGAGCACGGUGCGCACGCCUGA